ACUUUCCAAGCCCAAGACCUGCUUCACCUCACCCCCAAUCAGCUGUGUCCCCAGUUCCCAACCCUCAGCCCUGGACACUAGCCCUUGGGGCCUUGGCCUUCCCCCAGGGUGCAGAAGUCUGCAAGAGGAGCGGGAGAUGCUCAGGAAGGCGCGCUCCAAGCAGUUGCAGCAGUCACCUACCCCAGCCUGUCACAUCCCAGAAUUGGGGUCUCCCAUCCCCAGUCGGACAGGAAACCUCACUGCAGAACCUGCUGACCCAGCCAGAGUGUCUUCUCGACAGCGCCUGGAGCUGGUAGCCUUUAUCUACUCCUCGUGCAUUGCUGAGAACCUGGUACCAAACCUUUUCUUGGAGCUUUUCUUCGUCCUUCAGCUCCUUACUGCCCGAAGAAUGGUGGCCACCAAGGAUGGUGACCUUGAAUCAAGUCAGGGUGCCCUAGAUUCCCUGGAAACCCCCCUGUUUCAGAGCAUCCACGAUUGUGUCUUCUUUGCAGUGCAGGUUUUGGAGCAUCAGUUUCAGGUUCUUUCCUACCUGGACAAAGGGACCUUGAAGCUGCUGGCUGAGAAUGAGCGGCUGCUGUGCUUCUCACCAGCCCUGCAAGGCCGCCUUCGAGCUGCUUAUGAAGGCAGUGUUGCCAAGGUCUCUCUGGUGAUACCACCCUCUGCUCAGGCUGUCUCCUUUCAGCCAGAAACUGACAAUCGUGCCAACUUCUCCAGUGAUCGAGCCUUUCAUACCUUUAAAAAACAGAGACCUGAAUCCCUGAGCUUAGCCAACCAUCUUAGGGUCAACUUUCCCUGUCCACAGAUGCCUAUGAUGUGCUGCUGCUGGGUCUGUAACAUACCAUCAUGUAGAGAACUAUGGAGGUUAAGGAUUGGCUGUGGGGAUGUGUUCUAUGAGGUGCUUCGAGAGUGGGAAGAUCACCAUGAGGAACCCAGCUGGGAUUUUGAGAAGGGAUUGGGUAGCAGGAUCAGAGCCAUUAUGGAUCAACUUUCAGCAGCCUGCAGCCACAGCCACUUUGUCCGGCUUUUCCAAAAACAGCUUCUCCAGAUGUGUCAGAGCCCUGGCAGUACUGGUGGAUCCGUCUUGGGUGAAGCUCCAGAUGUGCUGAAUAUGCUAGGAGCUGACAAGUUGGGACGGUUGCGGCAGCUCCAAGAACAGCUUAUAGCCCCUCAGAGCAGCGGAGGACCCUGCCCUCCCCCCACCUUCCCAGGCUGUCAAGGCUUCUUCAGGGAUUUCAUCAUGAGUGCCAGCAGCUUCCAUUUCAAUCAGCAUCUUAUGGAUAGUUUGAGCUUGAAGAUUCGGGAACUCAACGGCCUUCCCCUGCCUCAGCAUGAGCCUGGUGAUGAAGAUGGGGAGUCAGAUGUGGAUUGGCAGGGUGAACGGAGGCAAUUUGCUGUAGUGCUUCUUAGUCUUAGACUUUUGGCUAAAUUUCUGGGCUUCGUGGCUUUCCUGCCAUAUCGAGGACCUGAACCACCCCCAACCCGUGAGCUUCAGGACUCUAUUCUGGCCCUCAGGAGUCAGGUCCCUCCUGUCCUAGAUAUAAGGGCUCUGCUGCAGCAGGGAUUGUGGGCCCGCCGGGCAGUACUCACUGUGCCCUGGCUGGUGGAGUUCCUCUCUUUUGCUGAUCACAUUGUCCCCUUGCUGGACUAUUACCGGAGUGUCUUUACUCUCCUGCUGCAUUUACAUCGGAGUUUGGUCUUAUCGAAGGAGAACGAAGGGGAGAUGUGCUUCCUGAACAAGCUGCUGCUGCUUGCUGUCCUAGGCUGGCUUUUCCAGAUACCUACAGUUCCUGAGGAUUUAUUCUUUCUAGACGAUGGUCAGGUAGAUGCCUUGGAGGUGGACACAGCUACUUCAGAGCAUGGCUUGGAUAGUGUGCCUGUUGUGGACCAACAGCUGCUGUAUACCUGCUGCCCCUAUAUUGGAGAGCUCCGGAAACUGCUUGCUUCCUGGGUUUCAGGCAGCAGUGGGCGGAGUGGGGGUUUUGUGAGGAAAAUCACUCCCACUACCACUACCAGCCUGGGAACCCUGCCUCCCAAGACCAGCCAGGGGUUGCAGGCUCAGCUUGCCCAGGCCUUUUUCCACAACCAGCCACCUUCCCUGCGCAGGACUGUAGAAUUUGUGGCAGAAAGAAUUGGAUCAAACUGUGUCAAACACAUCAAGGCAACGCUGGUGGCAGAUCUGGUGAAUCAAGCCGAGUCACUUCUUCAGGAGCAUCUGGUGACACAGGGACAGCAAGGGGGAGAUCCAGCCCAGCUGUUGGAAUUCUUGUGUUCUCAACUGUGCCCCCAUGGGGCACAAGCAUUGACCCAGGGGCGGGAGUUUUGCCAAAGGAAGAGCCCCACCGCUGUGCGAGCACUGCUGCCAGAAGAGACCCCAGCUGCUGUUCUAAGCAGUGCAGAGAACAUUGCUGUGGGGCUUGCAACAGAGAAAGCCUGCUCUUGGUUGUCAGCCAACAUUACAGCACUGAUUAGAAGAGAGGUGAAAGCAGCUGUAAGUCGCAUCCUGCGAGCCCAGGGUCCUGAGCCAACUGCCCGGGUGGAGCGGAGGGGCUGCUCCCGAGCCUGUGAGCACCAUGCUCCCCUCCCCUCCCACCUCAUCUCCGAGAUAAAAGAUGUACUCUCCCUGGCUGCGGGGCCUCGGGACCCUGAGGAGGGAGUUUCCCCAGAGCAUCUGGAACAGCUCCUAAACCAGCUGGGCCAGUCACUGCGGUGCCGCCAGUUCCUGUGCCCAACUGCUGAGCAGCAUCUGGCCAAGUGCUCUGUGGAGUUGGCUUCCCUCCUGGUUGCAGACCAGAUCCCCAUCUUAGGGCCCCCAACACAACACAAAUUAGAGAGAGGACAGGCUCGAAGGCUUCUGCACAUGCUGCUUUCCUUAUGGAAGGAUGACUUCCAGGGGCCAGUUCCACUACAGCUUCUACUCAGCCCAAGAAAUGUGGGGCUUCUAGCAGAUACUCGGCCAAGGGAGUGGGACCUGUUACUGUUCUUACUCCGGGAGCUGGUAGAAAAGGAUCUCAUGGGACAGCUGGAGAUAGAAGCCUACUUGGGCAGCCUUAAUGAGGCCCAGUGGCCAGGGGACUUCUCGGAAGAAUUAUCAACACUAUUUCGCUUGUUCCUAGCUGAGCCCCAUCUGCUAGAACCCCAGCUGAGAGCUUGUGAACUUAUGCAAACAAACCGAGGGACAGUGCUGGCCCAAAGCUAGGGCUGGGAAGCAGCCCUCUUGGGCAUGACACCAGAACCUGCCUCCUGUACCUCAGGAGGCUCAAGAGCCCACUGCACACCUUGCUGGGGCAAGAGUGGCCAUGUCUGUAAUCAGGCUUACUGCUCCUAAGUGAAGGAAGUGUGUUGCUGCAGAGCAUCCACAGACACGGGCCUCAACACCUGAAGUCUAGAGGAAGGAGAACCUGAUUAAGAGUCACAGUGGAAAAGCCUAGAGACUCCGAGUCUUGGAGCUGGCGUUUCUCGUUUGGAUGCUAAAUGAAAUAUGUGUAUGCCGGUCAGUGCAUUUCAAGCCUCAAGUUGCUGCUAUCCCAGCAUUUCUUAAUGAGAAAUUUUGAUAGGCAAAGAAAUGUUUAACUUGUGAGAAAGUUAACAAAACAUGGAUUUGGAAGUCUACAUUUUCUCACCUACAGAAGCUGGACUGUUACCCCCACCCCCAAAUAUUGACAGCCAAAAAGGUAGGACACACCUAUGUGAAACUUGGUCUUACAUGGACUUUCAUUUGCAGGGAGUUAGUCAUCAGACCAAGCAUGGUGUAGAAAAUUAGGGGGUUUGGGGUCUUUUUUUUAAAUAAAACUUUUAACAAGGUCUUGA